GCUACGGCCAAUGAGAGGUGGGUGAGGGCGGAAGUGCCGCUUGUACGCCGCUGUCUCUAGGAGACGUGAGGCGUCAUGCGUGAGGAGUAGAGUGCUGAUGACUGGCCCUUUCGCCGAGCUGUUGACCAAUCAGGAGCCCCCACGCUAUCUCGGCCGUGAAUGUGGUUGGUCAGUACAAGGAACCCGGAAGCGGCUCUGGGAACAGGAGACAGGUUGUCGUGUGUGACGUCAUCAAACCCGGAAGCAAAAGUCCUGGUGUCACAGUGUGUGCAGGAUAAUGUGACAGGGGAGCUGCAGGUGCAGCGGAGAGAGGACUUGGACAUCGGGAACGAGAGUGCCACACCGGCAUGGAGAGAGAAAGACGAGGUGUGAGCGGGGUCCUGUCUUCUCUCUCCCUACUGUGUGUGAUCCUGGAUCUACACCUGGAUGGAUCUCUGGCCGCCAGCCAGGCAGAGGUGGAGAACCAUCUGGAGAUGGGCCGGAAGCUCCUGGCCGCGGGACAGCUGGCUGAGGCUCUCUCUCACUAUCACUCGGCUGUGGACGGAGACCCCAGCAACUACCUGACGUAUUACAAGCGGGCAGCGGUUUAUCUGGCGAUGGGGAAGUUUAAAUCGGCUCUCCCGGAUCUCAGCAAGGCCAUAGCGCUGAAGCCGGACUUCCUGGCGGCCAGACUGCAAAGGGGGAACAUAUUGCUGAAGCAGGGGGACACGGAGGAGGCCAGAGAGGAUUUCCAGGCUGUGAUGCAGAGUAACCCCACCAACGAGGAGGCCAGGAACCAGCUGGAGCGACUGCGGGAGCUGGAGGCUAGCCGGGAGGAGGCCUGGGCGGCCCAUGACAGAGAGGAUUAUGGGGAAGCCAUCAGCUGGCUGGAGAAAGUGAUUGAGCACUCCCCCUGGGAUCCCAGUGUUCGGGAGCUGAGGUCUGAGUGUUACCUCCAAAUUGGAGAUGUAAGCAAGGCCAUCCAUGAUCUGAAGCCCACAACCAAGCUCCGUAAUGACAACAGAGCUGCCUUCCUGAAACUGAGCCAGCUCUAUUACACCAUGGGCGCGCACGAGGAGAGCCUGAGCCAUGUGCGGGAGUGUCUGAAGCUGGAUCAGGAUGACAAACCUUGCCUAUCACACUAUAAGCAAGUGAAGAAGCUUUCCCGGCAGCUGGAGUCCGCCGAGGAAUUAGUCCGAGACCAGAGGUUUGAAGCCGCCAUUGAGAAGUUCGAAGCCGCCAUAAAGACGGAGCCAAAUGUUGAGAUUUACAGAAAAAGAGCCAAAGAGAGGAUCUGCCACUGCUUGUCCAAGAGCCAGCACACGGAGGCAGCCAUUAAAGUAUGUACAGAGGCGAUACAGAGGGACCCGCAGAAUGCGCAGACGCUGAGAGACCGGGCGGAGGUCUUCAUCCUGAACGAGGAGUAUGAAAAAGCCGUGGAGGAUUUCCAGCAGGCGAAGGAACUAGACGGUGACAAUGAAGAAAUAAAGGAAGGCUUGGAGAGGGCUCAGAAGCUGCUCAAACAGUCCCAGAAGCGAGAUUACUACAAAAUCCUGGGCGUGAAGAGAAACGCCAACAAGCAGGAAGUGAUCAAAGCGUACAGGAAGCUGGCGCAGCAGUGGCACCCCGACAACUUCCAGUCGGAGGAGGAGAAGAAAGCGGCGGAGAAGAAAUUCAUUGAUAUCGCAGCAGCCAAAGAAGUGUUAACAGAUCCAGAAAUGCGCCAGAAGGUUGACGCUGGAGAAGAUCCACUGGACCCGGAAAACCAGCAAGGCUCCGGGCACCACCAGCAAUGGCCGUUUGGGUUUAACCCCUACAGCUCGGGCAAUUUCCACUUCAAAUUCAACUUCAAUUGACCGUUGUGGGUCUCCUCCUGAAGAACUGAUACCUCGUUACUCAUGCAGACCGUUUACAGUGGGGAGGUGCGGAAGGGUAACCGCACCCCAAUAUAUGAACAGCGGUGGCCCGAGGUUUUUAUGGCGGUGACUGGGCUAAAUCUGGCCGGGUUAUUUAUCAAUGUGACCGUUAAUGGCGUGUCUCUUCCGCCUUGAGGCAUAAAAUAUCCAAAGCACUGCACCGUGAAGAUUUGCUUUUAAUGGACCUAUAGGAAAGAGGCGCAGAAAACACAUAUAAACUAUCAGGACUAACCACGUCAGAUUCUUUUUAAAUACUAUCAGAGGCGGAAAAAUUACAUUUAUGGACUCGCAAAGAAUGAAAAAAAACAAAACUUGGGGGCUGGGGAGAAAAAAAAUAUUGUAAAAUAAAAAAAAUUCUAAUUUUAAAUGAAA